AUGGGUGUAGACGACAAGAUCGCCGCCGAGGUGGCCUACCCCGAGCACGAUGAGAAGAUGGUCCGAGACUCGUCUCAGGACGCUGGCAACAAGCUUGCUGCCCUGACCGAGAACCUUGAGGGCGAGAUCCGAAACCCGCUCAAGGGCAUCCCCCAGCACACCCUCUUCGCCAAUGUCGAGGACUUCCAGAGAACAAAGGGCCUGCCCAGCGACAUUCUCCCUCUGCUCCAGAAGGGCGCCCUCGUGGCACAGAACCCGGCUGCUUUUGAGAGCAUCAAUGAGCUGGAUGAGGACGAGAAGCGAGCUCUGAGGGAGGAGGCCACACACCGAUGGAAGCACCCAUGGUCACUCUACUAUACCAUCGGCCUGAGCUCCAUUGCCGCAGCCAUUCAGGGCUGGGAUCAAACUGGAUCAAACGGUGCCAACUUGUCCUUCCCCCAAGCUCUCGGUAUUCCAGACAACGUGCCACUCUGCGGACCUGACGCCAACGCUGGUACCUGUGCUAGAAACAGCUGGCUGAUUGGUUUGGUCAACUCACUGCCAUACAUCACCAUCUGCCUUUUCGCCGGAUGGAUCGCUGAUCCUCUCAACGACUGGCUCGGCCGUCGUGGCACAAUCUUCCUGGGCGCCAUCUUCUCUCUAUUCGCCCCCUUUGGUAUGGCCGUUUCCCAGACCUGGGGACAGCUUGCUGCCUGUCGUGUGCUUCUCGGUAUCGGUAUGGGCCUGAAAGAAGUGACUGUUCCUGUUUACGCUGCUGAGAACGCUCCUGCCGCUAUUCGAGGUGGUCUUGUCAUGUCUUGGCAAAUCUGGACUGCUUUUGGCAUCUUCUUGGGAACAUGUGCCAACCUUGCUGUCGGUAAGGUCGGUGAUAUCGCCUGGCGCCUCCAGCUUGGCUCUGCCUUCAUCCCUGCAGUUCCCUUGGUCAUUGGUACUUUCCUUUGCCCUGAAAGUCCCCGUUGGUACAUGAAGAAGGGAAAGCACCUGAAGGCUUGGAAAUCACUGCUGCGACUUAGAAACUCUCCCCUUCAAGCCGCUAGAGAUCUCUACUACAUCCAGUGCAUCUUGGAUCAGGAGGAACUCCUUGUCGAGCAAGCCGGCCUCACAAAGACCAACAACAUCAUCACUCGCUUCAUUGAGCUCUUCUCUAUUCCUCGUAUCAGGCGCGCCACUUGGGCUUCCGGUAUUGUCAUGAUUGCUCAGCAGAUGUGCGGUAUCAACAUCAUCUCCUUCUACUCCAGCACCAUCUUCAGACAGAGCGGAAUUUCCGACUACACUGCUCUGUGGGCCAGUUGGGGCUUUGGCUUGAUUAACUUUUUGUUCGCUUGGCCUGCCGUGUGGACCAUCGAUACCUUUGGUCGACGAGCCCUUCUUCUCUUCACCUUCCCCAACAUGUUCUGGACUCUUCUCACUGCUGGUCUUUGCUACCUCAUUCAGUCUGAUGUUGAGAACAGCACGGCCCGAAUUGGAGCUGUCGCAACCUUUGUCUACCUGUUCGACGCCUUCUAUUCUCCCGGAGAAGGUCCCGUCCCCUUCAUGUACUCUGCUGAGGUCUUCCCGCUGUCUCAUCGUGAGAUUGGCAUGUCUUGGGCUGUCGCUACCAACAACUUCUGGGCCUCUAUCCUUUCUCUUACCUUCCCACGCAUGUUGGCUGCCAUGUCAGCCCCCGGAGCGUUUGGCUUCUACGCUGGUCUUAACAUUGUCGCCUUGAUUCUCAUCUUCCUCUUUGUUCCCGAGACUAAGCAGAAGACGCUCGAGGAACUCGACUAUGUCUUUAGCGUCUCAAACCGCCGCCACGCCCAAUACCAGCUCACCGAGGUGCUUCCAUGGUGGAUCAAGAGAUACAUCCUCUUGCAGAAGAAUGGUCCUUGCCCUGAGCUUUAUCACGACCAGAACAAGGCCCAGGCUGAUGCCGGCAGAGCCUAA